ACCUUUCUUCUCCCACACAUAAAGAGACGCGCUGCUUAACUCAGCGAACCACUGAGUUCACAAAACGAACCCCACCCAGCAAUCUUCCAAUCGCUCUUAUAAAACUACGACUGUGAUCUCUCGAAGAAAUCGAUAAGAAAUUUUUUGACAUAAUUUUGGUAGUUGAAUCCGACGGUUGCUGUUUAUCGUCUAUCAUAAGAAAAAAAUAAAGCAAAAUGACUAAACCAAGAGCAUCACCGUCAGCAUCACCGUCACCAUCGAAGAGAAAAGCGGACCCACUGAACGACUCCUUGAUCACAUCAUCAACUACUGACUCCCGUCCUGCUAAGGUUAGAGCAAAGAAGACUACGCGGGUAGAGAGCUUAUUUGAUAAAUAUGCAAACACAUCACUAGGCAUGAUUGACCCAGCCGGAAUUGAGGCUUUUUGUUCAGACAUGAAAGUUGAAUAUACUGAUGUUAGGAUUUUGAUGCUUGCCUGGAAAAUGAAAGCUCAAAAGCAGGCUUAUUUCUCACGGGAAGAGUGGCAGACAGGCCUGAAGGCCCUUAAAGUUAAUACUCUCGCUCAACUGAAGAAAGCACUCCCAGAACUGGAGAAAGAGGUAGGGAUGGCAAACAAUUUUGAGGAUUUCUAUUCUUACGCAUUUCGAUAUUGCCUUACAGAAGAGCAACAGAAAACUGUAGAUAUCGAUAGCAUUUGUGAAUUGUUGAAUCUCGUACUUCGUUCCCGAUUUUGUUCCGAGGUUGCUUCUUUGACCGAGUAUCUUAAGAUACAGAGUGAUUACAAGGUGAUAAACUUGGAUCAAUGGACGUGUUUUCUUCGUUUUUUCAAGGAGGUUAGCUUUACAGAUCUUGACAAGUAUGACGCCAGUGAUGCUUGGCCAUUGAUCCUCGACAAUUUUGUCGACUGGAUGAAAGAAAAUCGUCAGUAGUUGUAGGACUUUCAUGACCAAUUUUGCUCCCUGGCUUGAGAGUAAAAUUCUUAAGCAGUAAGGGAUUUACCAGAUUACAACUAAUAGAAACAGUUUUUACACACAAACUUUGAUACCAAGAAUACUCCUUCUGAGCUCAGUGUCUUCAGAAAAUAUGAUUGUUUAUUUUGCUGUUUGGGGCUAAUUGUCUAAAUCCAUUGAAGUGCUGUAGAAAGGUACUGUUGUGUUUAGGUGUAAUUUGUUUCUUAUGAAAUAUGCAACUCUUGCUCCAGUUUUAUGGACAAACAACGCUUCAAAUGACGUUCUGUUGAUUAUUUUAGCUCAGUUUGUACCAAAACUCAACUGAAUUUUUUUUUCCUAAAUUUGAAUUGAACCAUCUAUGAAAUAUUUUAUGAUGUCAA